AUGGCAGGAGAUGUCCUACACCUACGACACUACACCCCCUAAAGAUCCGAGUCGACGGUCGGGAGGAGGACGAGAAAUGAUUCCACAUCACGCUGAGCUGUCCAGCUGGUGUCUUACAGACAAUGGCACCAAAGCCCAAGGGAUCUAGCCCUGCUGUUGUUGCCUGCCCUGGCGCGCGCAGAGAAGAGUGCCAAGGUCCUCAGCCACGGGGGAGGAGGCGUCCAUCGCACGCCAUACGACCGGCACAAGUUCUCCGGAGGUGUGCUCGUACUUGGUGUGAGAGUGUGACUGUAAAUGUAUGCCGAAUCGGGCUUGCUGCACGCAACACUCUUGACCCAUCGGACCGGGGCUCAUCUAGGACUGAGCUGGAUCCGACAGCAGCAGCUCGUGUCUCUGUACGGUCCCUUGUUGCCUCGUGUAAGUGGCUCAUCGCGCCCGUUUCCCUUGCGGAUUGCUGACGUCUCCAGUCCGACCCGGCCUCCGCUGAGCGCCGUGUUGCACUCCGUCCCCGCCUCCUGGUGGGCGAUCGUGAGAACAGCGCUUGGAGGGCGGCGAUUACCCACUGGUUCGCCAUGGUUGAGGAAUGGGCUCCCCAGGGCUUCAGUUCCGACCUGGCGUCGGACGCUGACUCUGACGAUUCGGACCAGGUCUCCGAACUCUCCUUCUUCAUGGCAGAGCUUCCCACUCCUCCCGAGGCUCUUUGAGUGUCACCUCGACACCUCUUCGGCAUGGAUUCGGCAGGGUUUUUUGGUCAUUUGGAAAUGGCCACUUCACGGUGUUGCAUGGGGGAAGAACAGGACGGUAUUCGCUGUCGUUGUGGUGUGGUUUCGGCCAUGCCCUCAAGUAGAUAGGUAGUCCGAAAUGAGAAGUCUGUCUUCCCUGCGCAUCAGGUG